AUGAAUGGGACUGUGUCCGCAUUAUUGGCGGUCGCUGGCUGCUUAGUUGCAUCAGUCAACUUUGUGCAGCCAGUUGGCGCCGACCUUUACGUCCCCGAUCCUCCAUUGUGUGAGCAACUCACGGAGGAGACCUAUGAGCCGUUCCUGCGUAGCACGGACAAGACUGCUAUCGUCUUUUCGUACCCUUCCGCUGCGGUGUUCGGACCGGGCAGCACUGUAGAGAUUGCUGUGGUGAGCAAGAUCCUUGAAGGAAACUCCAUGUGCAAAUUUGGCAUGUACCAAGUCAACCUCACCCUCAGCUCCCCUGUCGAGGCCAUGAAAACGUCCCUCAGCUACAUGAAGAACGGAGAGCUCAUCACAAUGCCAACUGAGCCGAAGAGGAUCGCGGAUAUUAUGGCCUGGAUCACGCAGCAAAGGAUUUGUGAAAUGCGUCUGCCCUCCGUGGAGUCUUCACGCUACUACCUUAGGGCCAUCGAGAGCGGGCACGUUAACACCUUGCUGGUCAUGGCCGAGGGGCACUACGAUGCGGAGUUGGAGAAGAAAGUGUACGACACUUUGCUGAGCACUGGGUUGAAGUCACCGUUCAUGGUUGCCGAUCGCAACGACAUCAUCCAGUACAUCUACAGGCUGCACACCCUGAGUGAGGACACCAUGAGGCCCGUGGGAGUCGUGGUCACGCGUAACAACCUCACACAGCACCCGAUCAAGAUCUUCUGGAAGGACAUCCACAACAUGGACGCCCUCAGACAGUUCUUGUUCCGCGAGCUCAUCCCUCCCGUCCACGGCACCCAUUCCUACAUGCUUGACGAGGUGCUGGCCACGAACAAGACUAUGGUAUACAUCUACACCAAGGAGGAGCUGAUCGAGAUGCAGUAUGUGAUCGACGUGAACUGGCUGAACAAAUUCGCGCGCAAGCACAGCGACAGAUUUGUGUUCAUACACUCAAAGGGUGACGAGGCGGUAGAGAAGCGCCUGAACCAGCUUCUGGUCAUCGACAGCGACUACGUGCAGACGGCUGUGCGUGCGUUUGAGCUGCACCCGGAGAGAGGAGAGUUCGUCAAGUACAAGCCAAUUGACAUGCCAGAUGGUAUUAUAACCCAAGUGAAACUCAUGAACUUCGUCAACGACCUCCGCAAUGGUAAAAUCAGGCAUUUCGUAAAGUCUGAGAUGGCCGUUCCUGAGAACAUCGACGUUGGACACGUCAAAACUAUUGUGGGAGAAGACUUCCACAGGCGCGUGAUUGAAUCCGACGCUGACGUGCUGAUCGUGUUCUUCUCGCCAUGGUGUGGACACUGCCACCACGCUAAGCGCAUCUUCCGCGACCUGGGGAGGCGCCUGAAAAAGGACAAGUCCGUGAUGAUUGCGAAGUUCGACGCGUUCAACAACGAGGUGGAAAACAUGUCGUUUUCGGAGUACCCCACGAUCAUGCUCUUCCCGCACGGCGCGAAGGACGAGCCCAUCCGGUACACCGGCGAAAUAUCACUUCAGGCCCUCGCCCUCUUCCUCGAGAACGAGUGCAAGAAGCGCUUCAUCAACGCAGCGGAGGUCCUCGAACGUGAGGUUCACCAGGAACGCCUUUUCGAAGAGCACGACGAACUGUAA